AUAUACAUCAGCUUCUGUUACUAUCUAGAGUAGAGAAGAAGAAGAUGUCGAUGAUUCCGAUAAACGAUCGCCGGAGACUAUCUCCGGGCGACAGAAUCUGGGAACCAUUUGAACUCAUAAACACCUUUCUUGAUUUCCCAUCACCAUCUCUCUUUCUUUCUCACCACUUUCCCUCACUUUCUCGAGAAAUAUUCCCAUCAUCUUCAUCAUCAACAACCGUCAAGACGCAGCUCAAUUGGACUGAGACUCCGACGGCUCACGUUUUCAAGGCGUAUCUUCCGGGAGUGGAUCAAGACGAAGCGAUAGUGUUCGUAGACGACGAAGGAUAUCUCCAGAUCUGUACUUGCGACAACAAAUUCAUGAGCAGAUUUGAACUUCCUAACAACGCCUUGAAGGAUCAGGUCACGGCGUGGAUGGAGGAUGGGUUUCUUGUCGUGUUCGUUGCGAAAGAUGGUUCUUCUUCGCCGCAACAGCUGCCGGAGAUAGAGGAGAAUCGUAACGUGAGAGUUGUGGAAAUCACCGGCGAUGAAGAUUAAUCAAGUGUUAAAUGUUGUCGAGAUAUGUAUGAAUUAAAGUGAAACUUAAAAG